CAUGUAUGCAUGGAUCAUGCAUGUCAUACAUUGGGAGAUCUAAGACUCCUUACCUUAUUAAUUUAUUAUAUAUAUAUCUUCACAUAUAUAAAUAGAGAUUAAUGUAAUGUAAUUAACGUACCAAUAUCUAUUUGUACGUAAAGAUUGAAGAGUGUCAUAGUCUAUAAAGAAAGCGUAAAUUAAGUUUGUUAUAUUUGAUUAAUUAAGGUGGUUGAUCAACUAGAAAAACUACCUCAAACGGAAAAAUAUGGCAAUGGACAAUAAUGGGGUGUCGCCGUCAGCAACUCCGGCGUCUUUUAGUGACCGGCCGUUAAUUAAGCAGUUCACCACUAAGGAGGCCAGGAUCUCACUUCUUCAAAAGGCAGGUGCAGAAUUCAUUGGAACAUUCAUACUAGUAUUUUCAGCAGCAGGUGGACCAAUAGUUAACCAAAAAUUUAACGGAGCAGAAACUCUGUUAGGAAACGCCGCUUGUUCUGGGCUUGCAGCAAUGAUAGCAAUCCUAUCAUUGGGCCACAUAUCAGGGGCCCAUAUUAACCCAGCUGUUACAUUUGCUUUUGCGGCCCUAAAACAUUUUCCAUGGGCCCAAGUACCCGUUUACAUACUGGCCCAAUUAACUGGAGGAAUUUCAGCUGGGUUUUUGCUUAAGCUAAGUUAUCACCCUUUCAUGUCUGGUGGUGGUACUGUUCCAACUGCUAGUUUUGGGCAGACAUUUUUGCUUGAGGUUGUUGCUACUUUCUUCCUCAUGUUUGUUAUCACGGCCGUCGCUACCGAUUCUCGUGCUGUGGGCGAGUUAGCGGGCCUUGCAAUUGGGAGUACUAUCCUACUUGACAUACUUCUCAUUGGGUCAAGUACGGGUGGGUCGAUGAACCCGGCAAGGACACUAGGCCCGGCGAUAGCGGCGGGAAGGUACCGUGGAAUAUGGAUAUACAUGGUGGCGCCACCACUAGGAGCCAUUCUUGGAGCAGCCAUGUACUCACUAAUCAAGAUUAAGGAAGAUUUAAGUGAUGGAUCACCUCAACGUGCUAAGAGUUUUAGCCGCUAAUUAAUUACGAGAGUACGACACGACACAACACGAAACGCACCGUGUUAUCUAAACGACAUUGUAUAUGAGAAGAGCGAUGAAGCCAUACGUCCCUUCCGCAUUGUGGGUGCAUAUAUCACUAAACUAAAUUUGUUGAUGCCAUAUCACCAUAUAUUUUCAUUUGUGUGUUGUUAUUUAUCAUCAAAGAAAGUUACUUUUGGAAUGUUUUGCUAA